AUGACAAAUGAUAAUAAUCCUUCAAAUUGUGUAAACAAUUCACCAAUAUCUAUUAAACCAUCAAUGGAUAGAUUGCCAAAAUGUUCUAUAACAGAUUUUUAUUACUUGUUGCGUUUAUUUAUAUCUGAAUUAAUUGGUACUGGGACAUUAUGUUUUGUUGCUGUAUUAUAUAGUUUUCCACCAACUACCAAUCCAGUAUCUGAUUGUAUUAUUGUAUUUUUUACAUUUUCUUGGAUUGUAUGGAUGUUUGGACCGAUAAGUGGAGCACAAAUUAAUCCAAUAGUAACUAUUGCAUUCUUUAUUACAAGAAAAAUAACAAUAAUCCAUACUAUCCUAUUUAUAAUAUCACAAUUAGUUGGUGCAAUUUUAGGCGCAUUUAUAGCUAGAAGUUUAUUGCCUAAUGAUUUAUCACAAUUAAAUAAAAUUGGUUUAGUUAUGAAAAAUCCAUUAAUAUCACAAGGUAACGCUGUUGGAUUUGAACUUUUUGGUGGAUUUGCAAUUGUAUUAGCUAUUCUAGCUACAACUGAUGAAUUUCGUCCAAAUAUAUGGACAGCUGGAUUAUUUACUAGUUUACCAUUUCAAAUGGGAGUUGUUCAUGCCUUAGUAGUUGGAAUAUUAGCUAGAUAUUCUGGAGCUGGUUUAAAUCCUGCACGGUGUUUGGGUACAGCUGUCGUUGCAAACGACUUCACUGACUUGUGGGUAUAUCUUGUUGGUCCAUUAUGUGGUUCCUUAAUUGCUGUAAUUCUUUAUGAAGUAGUCUUGUCACAUGGUGUUUCUUUACAUCGACUAAAAGCUUGGUUGACCAAUCCAAAUUUCGAUCGCAAUGUGGAUUAUACUUCUAGAAAUGAAAUAUUUAGUGAUUAA